ACAAAGACCGCCUGUUCCACAUACAGCACGUAUUGACCAGGCUCGCAUUUCUCCCCAUCAUGGCGUUGAACACAGUUCUCGAGAUUCUUGAUUUUAAAGGACUACUGCUCUUCGUGGUUGCCUUCCUUGUGGUGGCAGAUUUUUUAAAACACAGAAAGCCACCUAAAUACCCACCUAGUCCUUUCUCUCUUCCACUCCUGGGAAAUAUCUUUCACAUUGACUCCAAACAACCACACAUAUACCUGACAAAGCUCGGCCAUGUUUACAACAACAUCUUUAGUCUGCGAUUAGGGAGAGACAAAGUGGUCUUUAUCACUGGUUAUAAAAUGGUAAAGGAGGCCCUGGUGACUCAAGCUGAAAACUUUGUGGACCGGCCCUACAGUCCAAUGCAGAAGAGAGUGGGUGGCAGCAAUGUUGGUCUUUUCUUCAGUAAUGGUGAAAUGUGGAAGAAGCAUCGACGUUUUACUCUGUCGACACUGAGAAAUUUUGGGUUAGGAAAGAAAACCAUGGAGGUGGCCAUCCUUGAAGAGUGCAGAUUUCUGCAGGAUGAGAUGGACGGACAGAAGGGAGCUGCUUUUAACCCAACAAUUCUGUUAAAUAAUGCUGUUUCAAAUAUCAUUUGUCAAAUGGUAUUCGGACAGAGAUUUGAUUAUACUGACCACCAAUUCAAGAUUAUGCUGAAGUUCAUCUCUAAAAGUAUUCAGUUAGAGGGCUCAAUAUGGGGACAGCUCUACGAAGCAUUUCCAGCUAUAAUGAGUCACCUCCCAGGUCCACACAAUAAAAUAUUCAGUACGUACAAAUUAUUGUGUGACUUCAUUAGAGAGGUUGUUGAAAAACAUAAAGCAGAACUGAACCCGGCAGAGCCGCGUGACUACAUAGACAGCUUCCUUGUCGAGACGAUGGAGAAGGCACAUGAACCAACAGAUGGUUUCGAUGAACAGAACUUGAUUAUGUGUGUCCUGGACUUGUUUCUGGCUGGGACUGAAACCACAUCCACCACAUUAUGCUGGGGUCUCAUUUAUCUUAUCACCAACCAAGACGUGCAGGAGAAGGUCCAGGAAGAGAUAGACAGAGUAAUUGGACAGUCACGGGAGCCAAAUUUAGCCGACAGAGCCAACAUGCCUUACACUGAAGCUGUUAUUCAUGAGAUCCAAAGAUUAGGAGAUAUUGUACCACUAAAUGUCUUGCGUGUGGCAGAUAAAGACACAACCCUCGGGAAGUGCUUUAUUCCAAAAGGAACAUCCGUGUUACCCAUACUGCACUCUGUUCUCUAUGAUGAGAACGAAUGGGAGACACCCUACAAGUUCAACCCCGGGCACUUUUUAGAUAAAGAUGGCAACUUUGUGAGACGAGAGGCCUUCAUGCCCUUUUCUGCAGGAAAGAGGGUCUGUCUUGGGGAGCAGCUAGCAAGAAUGGAACUUUUCCUGUUUUUAGUUAGUUUGCUUCGAAAAUUUCGAUUUUCUGCAGUAGAGGGGGAAAAUUUCAAUCUUGAUGGAAUGAUAGGAGUUACACGCACCCCCCACCCUUUUAAGAUCCAAGCAACAGCACGGUGAACAAGCCAUAUUCACUUAAACCACAUUCAAAACCAAAUGUGUGUCCUGUUGUAUUCUAUAAUUCAGUCAUCCUCAAUUAAAAUGGCAUUAUUAAGUCAA